CGUUUCAUUUUACCCAAGCUACAAGAUCAUCAUUUCUUAUCUAUAUUCAUUUUAGGAUGAUAGGUUAUUUGGAACUUGGAAGAGAAUUUUAAUAAUAAUGAAAGUCACAUCCUCAUCUUCUAAGAGUAAACCUGGUCCAAACCAGGAAACUAAGGCAGCAACAAAAGUGCAGGACGAUGCCGACCGGCCCUGGAGCCGCUGGCCGCCGCUGCUGUACGGCUGCGUGUCGGUGCUGGUUGCCGUGUCGGCCGUCCUCGCGGCGCAGCUAUACCGACUACAGGAGCAGCAGGGCGGCCUGGGUGCCGCCGACCGACCGCCGCGGGUCUGGGUGGCCGGGAACAAGGUGGACUCUGGAUAUCUGAAGCACGUUCUGAACGUGUUCGAACGUCUCGGUUACGAGCGGGGGUCGGAGGAGGACUUUGACGUGCUCUGGUCACACCCGUACCCAUUCCGCAUUUAUAACGACACGCUGAUCGCACGCAAGAGCCACCAGAAGGUGAAUCAUUUUCCCGGCUCGGGGUUCAUCACGUCCAAAGUGGAGCUGUCCACCAGCGGGAUAAAGCACAUACCGAUCGCCUUCAAAAUGCCCAAGGAGAAGGAACAGCUGCUCGACUAUGCCAAGAAGAAUCCCCAAACUCUGUUCGUACAAAAGUCCAACAGUCACCGUGACAUUCAGAUCAAGAGCGUGGACGCGGCGGACCUGGACGCGAACAGCACCUUCUUCCAGGAGUACAUCGGCAACCCACUGCUCGUGGACGGCCACAAGUUCGACAUCGGCAUCUACACGGUGAUGACGUCACUGGACCCGCUGCGCGUCUACAUCUACUGGGGAGACGUGCUGCUCAGGUUCUGUGCCGAAGAGUACCACCCGUUCGACGCCUCUGUGAUCAACAAGUACGUGGUGGGCGACGAAUACCUGCCCAUCUGGAAGGUGCCCUCUCUCAGCCGCUACCACAACGAGCUGAAGCUGGGUCACAGGGAGUCUCUGAACGCCUUCCUGCGCUCCCAGGGCUCUAAGCCGGAGAAGAUCUGGUCGCAGAUCGAGGAGUCGAUCCGAUCGGUGUACCUGGUUAAGGAGCCAUCCAUGAUUCGCGCUUCGAGGAGGUUCGGCUCCACCCGGCAGUUCUUCGAGAUGGUGCGAUUCGACUUUGUGGUCGACGAUGAGCUCAACGUCUACCUGAUGGAGGCCAACAUGUCGCCAAACCUAUCAUCAGCACACUUUCGUCAGAACGUGCCGCUUUACGAACAAGUGGUCUACAGUCUGCUCAGCCUGGUCGGCCUGGCGCCCCGGAUUCGCCCCGGCCUCGCCCGCCAGGCGCGGUCGCCCGGCCCGGUUUCCGACAUGCUCGCCACCGACAAGGAGCUGGCUGUGUUUGGCCUCGAGUGCGGCUCGCCCACCUGCACCGACUCGUGUGGAGGUGUGUGCCGCGUCUGCCUGCCGUGUCUGACGAUCCCGCAGAAGGCCUUCCUCAGACAGGCGGUAGACGAACACCUGAACCGGCACCUGACGCGGCGCAUCCUGCCGCCGCAAACGACUGUGGAAGAGGCACGCACAGGGCUGGAGGGACUCCAAAACCUGAGCUCAACCAAUCAACUGAUGCACCUCUGGUUCCGCGGCAAGUGCCUGUUGGAGAGAAGCUGGUGUUAAGCGCCCCUACCGGCCCACGGAAGAUACACAGGGUCAAUGUGAGGCCGCCCUGACUGACACACGCUCACUGCUGGCUGUUGGCGGCCUCUAUUUAGGUAUGGAUGGCUGGGGUUGAUGGUGGGAGUUUGCAUGAAACUUCAUUCCUACGGGUGACCGAGGAGUAACACGGUGCAUAGAUCUGCAACGAAAUGAUUUUGAAUGCCGUCCUUAUAUUUUGAUGCUUUUUGUGGUUGCGUGCCAAAUUUGUUGUUUGUUUUAUAUACUUUAUUGUUUUGUUGUUGUGUGGGAGUAUGUGGGAGCGAUCAAGUGAGGCUAAGUGAACUUCAGCACUCCGAUAGCAUUCUUCCUAGUGUCUUUCGUAUCGUAGUGUUUCAUUGAACACCUGUAACCAGAGUACUCGCACAGUUGUGGUACACGCGCACAACGAAUCUUUGUCACGCGUUUUUGCAUCUGUACACGACGCGCCCUUGCGCUGCGACUUGAGCCGAUUGUCAGGGUUAGACGGUAUUGGCUCACGAUCAGGACCAGAAUCUCUGUUUCCGUACGGGUCGCCAA